AACGAUCUUGACGACGGCGACGAUGCCGGUGACGACCGUAGUAUUAAAACAACAACAGAAAUUCUUUCUGGAGUAGAAUAUCCUACAGUAAACUUAGCACUUUUAUUUAGGGCAGAAAUUGAAAGCAAUAUGUGUGAAAAUGAAGAUGAUUCAUUUAUAAUAAAACAAUUUAAGAAAACUAUUUUACAGAACUUAAAAAAGCGAUUUCCAAUACACGAAGCCCAUGUUUGCGGAGCACUUCUAGAUCCGACUCUUCAAAAUGUUAAAGGUGUUGCAGAAUAUCUUGCAGAUAAGCAACAAUCUGCUGAGGAAUUUUUAGUAUAUAUGAUCCACAAGAUAGUUCCUUUGAAUAUUAGAAAUGAACAGGUAUCUAAGAGAGAAACAGAUAUUUAUUCUAAUAAAUCAUGUCAGCUUCUUGGAGUCAAAAAAUUACGUUUGGAAUUAGCUGCGAAACACGCAAAUAUUAUUCCUCCUGAAGAUCCUAUUCUUAUUGAAGUUAAGAAGUAUUUACAUAUAUAUCAGAAUCUAUCGAGGAUCCUCUACAAUGGUGGAAUAAAAUGAAGUUAUCACUGCCAAAUUUGUACAAAUUGAUGUGCUGCAUUUAUGCUAUUCCGAUCACAAGUUCAGCAUCUGAGCGUGCAUUCUCUUCUGCAGGUUUACUUAUCACAGCAAAACGUUCUGCGUUAAAACCGUCAAAAUCUAACAAAAUCCUAUUUAUUCAUGAUAAUUUUAAAUUAAUAAAAGAUAUAUAUUUAAAAUCUAUAAAAUAAGUUAUGUAUAAGUUUAUCCAAAAAACAUUGCUACAGUUAUAUAAUUAUUACUUGCAAUUUCUUAUUA